AUGUUUCUAGAUUCCCUAAACUCCAAUCAUCUUUCACUUCAAACUACAACAAAGAAUGAUAAGACAGAGAAUGAGAUUGAAGUUGACAAGAUUAUUGAUGCUCUGAGUAAUCUGGGAACAUCAAGUCAUACUCCUACUCCAGAACAUUCAUCAGAGGCGAUAAAGACUGAUGGUCAACUGAGAACUUCACGAUCCGAUAUAGGUGGAGGCAUUGGUGUAGGAGUUGGAGUUGGAGUUGGGGUUGUAGAGGAUCUGGACAAACAUGAUGAAGUGGUCACUGGUGUAACAAGUGAUGACACUUCUGCCAAUGACCAUCAACAUCAACAUCAACAUCAUCAUCUACAUCUACAUCAUCUUCAUCAACAACAUCAACUGAAAGACAAGAAGUCAGAUUCAUUUGAUGAUGAGAUCAGUCUAACAGUCAAUGGUGGUAGUAGUGGCGGAGGUGGUCACAAGUCAACUGAGCAGAGUGAGAUAGAGAGCGAUGAUGAGAAGACAACGCAGCCGUCAUGGUCCUCACCAGCCUUUGAUACAACCACAGGGUUCGAGGGCGACACUGACAACAGUGAUCUGAGUGACAGCGACACCUAUGACCUCAGCACACAACAACAGCAACCCAAGAACGCCAACAUCAACAACAACAUCCCAACCAAGAAGGACAAGGCCGCCAAGAAGAAGAAGAAGGCCGCCAAGCUGCUCAAAAAGGUCGUCAAGAAGAAAGAGAAGAAGGACAAAAAGGACAAGAAGGACAAGAAAGACAAGAAGAAGAAGAAAAAGAAGAAGAAGAAGAAUGGAGAGGACCGUGAUGAUGAGAUGGAGGACGAAGAGGAUGAGGUCAGCGCAGACACAAGCGUGGACGAUGAGCGACUGCCCUUGUUCUCACCGACCGAGUUUGUAAAGUCGAUUCCAACGGCCAAGAUACAGCAGCCAGCGCAUCCCCUGACGUCCAGUCUAAUGGGCUUCCGCAACCUAGGCGCAUCCAACCUGCUGGCCGUCCAGAACCCCGAGGUUAUCCGAUCGGUCGCCCCUCUGGCCUCCAAUUCUGGACCUGGGGUGCUCAACAAUGUCAACAACGCCAGUUCAGUGCCGCCACCCAAUUGCAACAAACUCCCGGAUGCUUCCUACCUGCAGAAGGUGUUGAACGACGAUGAGGACUUUGUCGUGCCCUCAUGUGAUACUCCCAUCCUCGAGAUCAACAACCUGUUCAGCGAUGUAGUCUUCCCUUUCACGCUGUCGUCCACACCAUCUGGCGGCACGCCACACCUGUCGUCGUUCCCCUCGACCUCAUCAUCUGAUGUCAACCAACUGUUCAUCUCGUGUCUCCAGCAACAGAUUGAGAACUCGCCGUCGCCCAACAACAAGUUCAGCGGACUCUCGUCAAGCAUACAUCUGCCAAAGAUCACAGCCGACCAACAGCAGCAACAGCAGGCAUCCUCGUCUGGCCAGCCAGUCUCAGUGGAGGAAAUACCCUUGGACCUCAAGAUACUCCAACUCAGUGGAUCACGCAUCUAUUUCAAUCGCGAGUUGACCGAGCUCAUCUACUUCUACCGCAUCCUUUACGAGGCGCACAACAAGUCCGUUCCAGUGCUUGAGAAGAUCAGAUUCGUGGCCAUCACCUCACAGAACAUCGACAUGUACUUUUGUAAACGAGCUCUAAAGCUGAGACUUGGUUUCAUCUCGACGCGCAAGUCAUUGAAGCCAGAGGAGAGGUACAUCAACAUGGUGCUAAGUACGACCAGGAACUUGAUCAAUGAUGCCUACAACCUGUUCAACAACAUCCUGUUGCCAGAGCUUGCGGCCAACAAUAUAUUCCUUCUUACAUACAACGACUUGAACCUCGAGGAGAAGCAACAGCUGAGGGAAUUCUUCUUGCAACAUGUGUUCCCAUUGAUGACACCGCUGGUGGUUGAUGCUGGACAUCCAUUCCCCAAUCUUAGUAACCUCAGUUUGAACAUCGCCGUCAUUCUCCAGCAUGACGAGGAGGGCCACACGAGAUUCGUUCGUAUCAAGGUACCAUUGAAGAUACCGCGCUUCGUACACAUCAGACAACGAUCCAACUAUAGUUUGAUACCGAUGGAAGAGAUCAUCCUGGCCAACUUGGACACUCUGUUCCCCAACACCAAGAUAUUGGCCAAGUCGCUGUUCAGAGUCACCCGUCACAACGACCUAAAGCUCAACGAAGACGAGGCCAACGACCUGCUCGAGCUCAUCAAGACCGAGCUUCACAAACGCAAGUUUGCGCCAAUGGUUCGUCUGGAGGUCUCGUCCUCAAUGCCCAAGAACAUCAUCGACAUGUUGUCCACCCAACUAAUCCUUGACGAGGCCGACGUCUUCAUCAUCGAUGGUCUCCUUGGCCUCUCCGAUCUAUUCGAGUUGUGCAAGUUGAACCUGCCACAUCUCAAAUAUGAGCCAUGGGUACCACACAUUCCCAAUCGAUUGCACAAGCUAUCCAAGAUGCCAUCACAAGACAUAUUCAGUACAAUAAGGAAGGGUGACCUCCUGAUCAACCUACCCUAUGUCAGCUUCAAUAGCAGUGUCCAAUUCUUCAUUGAGAGCGCUGUGAAGGAUCCAAAGGUGUUGGCUAUAAAGAUAUCGAUAUAUAGGACCAACUCCAAUUCACAACUGAUUAGAGCUCUGUGUGAAGCUGCCUCGCACAAGGAGGUCAGUGUACUGGUGGAUCUAAAGGCGAGUGGUGACGAGGAACAGAACACAAAGUAUGCACGACUGCUUGAACAAGCAGGUUGUCACGUCAGCUAUGGACUCGUUGGUCUAAAGACUCACGCCAAGAUUGCCAUGGUGGUGCGUGAGGAGGACAAGACACUCAAGAUGUACCUGCACUACUCGACGGGCAACUACAAUGCCAGCACGGCCGACAUCUACGCAGACAUUGGUCUGUUCAGUUGCGACCAGGAGUUGGGCGCCGACAUGUGCGACCUGUUCAACUAUCUAACUGGCUACAGCAGGAUCACUUCGUUCAGAAAGCUGGUGAUUGCUCCGAUGAACAUGCGAUCAACACUCCUACAACUGAUCGAGACAGAGGCCAAGAAUGCAAGAGAGGGCAAAGAGGCAACAAUACUGGCUGUGAUGAAUGGGCUGGACGACAAGAAGAUUGUCAAUGCACUAUACCACGCCAGUGUGGCUGGUGUCAUUAUCAAACUAGUUGUCAGGGGCAGGUGCAGGAUCCUUCCAGGCAUCCCUGGCAUCAGUCACAACAUUCAAGUCAUAAGUAUCUUGGGCAGGUUCUUGGAGCACAGUAGAAUCUAUUACUUCCACAAUGACAACCAACCAAAGGCGUUCAUUGCCAGCGCAGAUUGGCUGCAUAGGAACUUGAAAAGGCGUGUGGAGACAUUGGUGCCAGUCAACGACCCCAACAACAUCAAGGAGUUGCGCAACGCCAUCGACGUCUACUACAACGAUCCAAACGCAUGGUUCAUGUUGCCCGAUGGUCGCUACAAAAAGACGUCCAGCUCAGAGUUCUCCUCUUUGUGUUCACAAAACGUAUUCAUGAAGGAGACCAUCCAGAAGCAUCCAGUGAUCUGGAGUAAAUAA